AUGGUGCACGCUGCGAGAGUCGGCGUCCUCGGCGGCGGCCAGCUCGGCCGUAUGCUAAUGGAGUCUGCAAACCGCCUGAACAUCCAGAUGAACAUCCUCGACGCGGAGGCAGCGCCGGCAAAGCAGAUCAGUGCACGCGAUACCCAUGUAACAGGCUCGUUCAUGAAUCGUGAGGCUGUCCGUAAGCUGGCAGAGGUCAGUGACGUCCUGACUGCCGAGAUCGAACAUGUCGAUACCUUUGCGUUGGAGGAGGUACAGUCUCUGGUCCAGGUCGAGCCCAGCUGGAAGAGCAUUAGGAUCAUCCAGGAUAAAUAUGCACAAAAGGAGCACUUGGCCAAGUUUAAGAUUCCCCAGGCAGAGUAUCGGGAGAUCCGGGAGAAUCGUCCUGAGGAGCUGGCUAAGAUCGGACAGGAGUUUGGAUAUCCGUUCAUGCUGAAGUCGAAGACUGGUGCUUAUGAUGGGCGAGGUAAUCAUACGGUAAAGGGUGAGGCCGACAUAUCUCCUGCUUUGGAGGCUUUGAAAGGCAGACCCCUUUAUGCAGAGAAAUGGGCCAAUUUCAGGAUGGAACUGGCUGUUAUUGUGGUCAAGACAAAAGACACUGUUCUUUCCUAUCCCACCGUCGAGACUGUCCAGGAACACUCGAUAUGCAAGCUUGUCUAUGCACCAGCACGAGGUGUCUCAGAGCAAAUCAAUGAAAAAGCUCAAGAACUAGCGAGAAAUGCCGUUGCUGCGUUCGAGGGCAAGGGAGUCUUCGGAGUCGAGAUGUUCCUCUUGGAGGAUGACACGCUACUACUCUGCGAACUGGCCAGCCGGAUUCACAAUUCAGGACACUACACUAUUGAAGGAUGCGGCCUGUCGCAGUUUGAUACCCAUCUACGAGCGAUCCUCGACCUGCCUAUCCCACCACAGAGCCUGCAGCUACGACAACCAUCUGUUAUGCUUAACAUCCUAGGCGGGUCUGCUCCGGACUCACACCUAGAUAUCGCACGGCAGGCUCUGUCGAUACCGAACGCCAGCAUCCAUCUGUAUAGCAAGGGAAAUGCCAGACCAGGACGCAAGAUGGGCCAUGUCACUGUGACAGCCUCGACGAUGCAUGAAGCUGAGGCUACCAUACAGCCGUUGGUUGAAUACGUCAACGGCAAAUCGGCAGCCUCUGUAGCUCCUUUGGCCACACCAAAGCCUCAACCGACAGUGGGUGUCAUAAUGGGAUCUGACAGUGAUUUGAAGACCCUUGUUCCUGGAUUGAAGCUGCUGCAGGAGUACUUUGGCAUCGUACCGGAGGUCGACAUCACCUCUGCUCACCGUACCCCUGAGUACAUGGCAGAGUAUGCGGCUUCGGCAGCGUCUCGAGGCAUAAAGGUCAUCAUUGCUGCUGCUGGCGGUGCUGCCCAUCUUCCCGGAAUGGCUGCUGCCCAUACAUCUCUUCCUGUCAUUGGUGUUCCCGUCAAGGGAAGUGCUCUAGAUGGUGUGGACAGCCUUUACAGCAUCGUACAGAUGCCCAGAGGUGUCCCUGUUGCCACGGUCGGAAUCAACAACAGCAUAAACGCUGCUCUCCUUGCUGUGAGGAUACUGGGUGCUUUCAACCCGGCCCUGCGCCAGAAAGUCGAGGAGUAUGCAAAGACAGCGAAGACCGAGAACCUCGACGUCAAGGGGGUUAAGAUGAGAGAGAUCGGAUGGGAAAAGUACUUUGAUCAGAUGGAAAAGAAAUAA